AUGCCCGUCAAUACUCGAAGCCGCAAAAAGACCCCACCUGGAGUAAUCAACCUCCGCGGACUCAAACGGCGUCAGCAGCUGGAAGCUGAACGAGAUCAAGCUGACACUCGCCGCCGUAGGCUAGAGACUCAAACUUCAAAUCAAACUCAACCGAACAACCAAUCAUCCAAUCAGCCCCAAAAUCAGUCCCAACAAUCACCUUCAGAAGCGCUUGAAUUGGAAGAAAUUACUGUCCAUAACUAUGGAGAUCAGAAGAAAUUCUGGACGUUGCAACAAAUUGAGGAGCAAUUGAAGUCACAGACCGCUGAUAAUAACUCUCGUCCUAAUCCCCUCAUCCUGGCCGAAGCAAAAGCGCUUCACGAUGCUUUUCAACACUCGCUUCACAUGCUUGCAAUGAUUGGACAAAUUCACCUCAACACACUGAAAUCACAUCUCGGUAUCGCAGGCAGAACUCGGGCUACGCAUCCAUGGAAUCGAUUCCUAGCCUUUGCAAAGUUGGCUUACAAAAACCCUAUGCCCCUGCGGGGCGCUCCUGACGCAGGUCCGGUUCUAGCCAUGCGAAACCAAGCCAACCGUAAAGCAUACGACAAGUUGAACGAUGACGAAUACGCCAUAUUCACUUCGCGCAUCUUCCACGCCUUGGGAGGCUAUCCCGACUAUUCAGCAAUCAAUGUAGAAGAUCAUGAGACUGCCGGGGACUGCGAAGUCCUGAUCCCCGAGGUGCCCGCGCUUUCACCGGAAGAGGAAGCGCUGUAUCGUCCUAUAUACGACAAGCUAGUCGAUUCGGCAAAAGUUGCAAAAGAUCGGGAAAGAUUCAAGGCUGAUUCACCCGAAAAAAAAGAAAGGCUCUCCCUCCGAGCGUUCAAGAAGAGGGUUCAACAGCUUCACCAUGAUGCCGCUCUCGCCGACUUCGACUACUACGCAAUUGGGUGUAGCAAGACCUUGGGAACCGGUUGGUGUGAAGAAUUCACCUCUUUACCUGAGAUCAGCACCUGGAUGGACGAGCGAAUCAAAUUUCAGACAAUCUUUCCAAUCUACUCCCAAGCCAGACCCAAAAUCAAGGAAAUUGAAGCGGCUGGCGCAGCUGCCGCGGCAGGCAACAACACCAAUACCAACAAAUUCACUCGUCCUCCAAAUAAGUCAGACCGCGAAAGUACUGAGCUCACAAGUUUGUUGCUAGCACAGACCAAGGCACUUGACAUUACUCUCCCUACUAGAGGUUUUCCACGAGGUCCAGAUCUACCGGCUGUGUUUGAUAAACAUAAAAUUAAUCUCAAAUUUCUCCGCCAUACACAAUCAGCGAUGUCUAUCAGCGAGUUCAUGCUAGGAUUUGAUGGCAUGAAAACUCUUGGUCGGCGACAUUGGCUUCAGGACAUCAAGGAUCAGAAAUUUAUGAUGGUCACAAAGGACUCUCCUGUGAAUGAGCCUUGGUCGGUCCUGGGAGGCGAAAUUCAAGAGGGUGAUGAUGGUAAUGGAGGUAAUGGAGCUGCACCUGGUGGCGAUGGUGGCGAUGUUGGAACUGGUGGAGGAGUUGGCUCCGGUGGUGAUAGCAAUGGAGUUGGAGCUGGUGGAGGAGUCGGACCCGGCGAUGGUGGCGAUGUUGGAACUGGUGGUGGAGUUGGAUCCGGUGGUGAUAGCAAUGGAGUUGGAACUGGUGGUGGAGUCGGACCCGGUGGUGAUAGUGAUGGAGUUGGAACUGGUGGUGGAGUCGGACCCGGUGGUGAUAGUGAUGGAGUUGGAACUGGUGGUGGUGAUGGUGAAAUAGGUGAUCAAUGUGUUCACUUAUAA